UCAUGUUCCCGUGCGCGGGCAGGAGAUCAGAAAGCUAGCCGACAGCUAGCUACCAAUUUAUAACAAAAUGCAUAGCUUUUUUUCGAGCCGACCGGAAGCCCUAGGAGCUAAAUAAAUGCAUUUUGUGAAACUGUGAGGUUUAUGGGGGGAUUUUGGGAGGCCGCGGGAGAAUUUUCCCUCAUUUUAAUGAACCGCAAAUCCCAUUUUUUUCGGCCCCCGGAGCCACAGAGCUCGAACAAGAGAGCCUCCGAGCUCCGUGUGCGGAUGUGAAGAGCGGACCUGGCGUUAUUUCAGGGGAUACUAGCUCACCCACGACUGACUGGCAAUUUAUCGGGAAUACUGUGGAAGCUUAUGAUAGCACCUGAAGGUCAAGAAUAAAGUGGAAGGUGUAGAUUUUCUUCCAUCUCUCCACAAUCAUCAGUGCUCUCCUCAUAUCCUCCGUCGCAGCUCCUUCUCUGUCGCAGCUCCUUCUCCAGGCAACCCUUCAGCUCUCCACUGUCAACUGCUUAAAUGGAUUGGGCCACGCCAGCAGCCAAAUUGAAUCCCUACACCCGAGCCCGCAUGACAGAGGCUUGGCAGCAACAUGCCGUUGCUCCACCUCCAGUCGUCCACACCAUUGCUCCGGGAGCUGAGAACGCACUGGGCUGCGCCGUGUAUGGUAUCGUACUGCAGCCGGACGCCACGUCUCUACAGCAGCAACACGCUCAGCAUGGACAGCACGGCCAGCAGCAUGGCGGGAGUCAGCAACACGGAGGUGGGCAGCACAGUCAGCAGCAACACCCCGCCCAGGCCCAGCAGACCUCCCUGCAGGUAGGGACAGAGGGACACAAGUGUGGAGCCUGUGGACACGAUAUCUCCCACCUCGCGAACCCUCAUGAGCACCAGUGCAUGGUGAGUCAGGACAGGUCGUUCCAGUGCACCCAGUGCAUGAAGAUCUUUCACCAGGCCACGGACUUGCUCGAGCACCAGUGUGUUCAGGUGGAACAGAAGCCUUUUGUGUGUGGGGUGUGUAAGAUGGGCUUCUCUUUGCUCACCUCUCUAGCCCAGCACCACACGUCCCACAACAGCUCAAAUCCGAUGAAGUGUUCAAUAUGCGAGAAGACCUACCGGCCCGGUUCUUCUGGCAAUGUGACACCCAACUCAAACCCCCAGCAGUCCAACAGCGACGGGGCGUCAGCCAGCAGCAGCUCGUCCAUCCUACCUUUCCCCUCGGCCCGAGACCGGCCGUACAAAUGCUCCGUUUGCCAGAAGGGCUUCAAACACCUCUCGGAGCUCACGCGGCACGAGAGGGUGCACACAGGAGAGAAGCCCUUUAAAUGUGACACGUGCGACAAGGCCUUCAGCCAGUCGUCGCACCUCCAGCACCACCAGCGAACACACAGCAACGAGCGCCCAUUCAAAUGCGCCGUUUGCGAAAAGAGUUUCAAGCACCGCUCCCACCUCGUGCGCCACAUGUACGUGCACUCCGGCGAGCACCUGUUCAAGUGCAACUUAUGCGAGCUGCACUUCAAGGAGUCGUCGGAGCUCCUCCACCACCCCUGCCACCCGCAGGGUUCCCGGCCGUUCCGCUGUGCCACUUGCGGAAAGGGUUUCAAGCGGCCGUCUGACCUUCGCCAACACGAACGCACACACUCGGAAGAGCGUCCUUUUCACUGUGACGAGUGUCAAAUGAGCUUCAAGCAGCAGUAUGCACUGGUGCGCCACCGCCGCACACACAAAGACCCCACUGACCGACCGUUCAAAUGCAACCUGUGCGACAAGGGCUUCAUGCAGCCCUCUCACCUCCUCUACCACCAGCACGUCCACGGCAUGGACAACCUGUUCAAGUGCGCCUCAUGCCAGAAGGAAUUCAGCCAGUCAGGAGAGCUGCUCAGGCACAAGUGCGGCGAGACGUCCAACUCCUCGCCCGACAAGCCGUACAAGUGCGACGUCUGCGGCAAGGGCUACAAGAAGAGCUCCACGUUGCAGCGCCAUCAGAACUCUCACUGCCAGGAGAAGCCCCUCAAGUGCUCUCUGUGCGACCGCCGCUUCCUCUCCUCCUCCGAAUUCGUCCAACACCGCUGCGAUCCGUCUCGGGAAAAGCCGCUCAAGUGUCCCGACUGCGAGAAACGUUUCAAAUACUCGUCGGACCUGAACAGACACCGACGCGUGCACACGGGAGAGAAGCCGUACAAGUGCGACCACUGCAACAAGGGCUUCAAACAGCGUGAGCACAUGAUCAAACACCAGAGCACGCACUCUAGAGAGGGCCAGUUCAAGUGCGUUUGGUGCGGCGAGCGCUUCAGUGACUUGGGCUCGUUGCAGGAUCACACAGUGCAGCACACGGCAGACGGCGGGGGUUACCCUGUGCCACAGUGCAUAUAAACCCUCUGACUUUA